AAAGAAUGUGAGCUCGCGCACUGAAUUGGGGUGGUUUGUAUUUAUUUUUUCAAUGUUUAUAAUUGGUAAAGGAUAUUUUGUUAUAACUAUUUAACUAUUUUAAUAAACCGAGAGCUAUGAUCAAGUUGCUGUUGAUUAGCCGCUUCCUAGCAACUGGCUGGCUAUGUUAGCUGCAUGGAGAUAUUUUUCCAUCCCCCCGGCGGCUCCCCAUUAAAGCUCGUUAAAGGGGCAACCGACGCCCUUGCAAUUGAAUGGAGCAUGUUUUAUGCAGAGCCGGUCGCCACGUGUGUGUAUAGCGGGCUGCAUACGUUCCAGUUGGACGCAGAUGACAAACGACGUAAAAAGGAAUCGCGCAGUCAGCCGUUCGGUUGGGGCUAGAGAUUCUGGCUACGUUCCAGGCAGUUAGCUAAAUAUUUCAGACUCGUUGCACAAAUUAUUACGAGUUGCACUCAGCUCAACGCUAGGAUUGCUGUGGAGUAAGUUUGAGGGUGUCAUCUUGUCUGCCAGUCAGCUAUCCAUGGUCCACACACAACACUGCCUACGUACUUCCUUUGGUUAACCUGUUUCCAUGCAUCAAUCUGGUGAACAGAGACUUGCAGGUUUGUGUCAAGUUACCGAACACCUUUUCCUCAGCAACGGCAGAGCUGCAAAUGAUAAGGCUGUCAUAUCUCGUUUCAACAUCACCUGCAUCAUCAAUGCCACACAAAACAUCACAAACACUUCCACUGCAGAGGUGGAAUAUGUCCAUAUUCCUGUUACAGACUCUCCAUCUUCUUCUCUGAGCGACUUCUUUGAUGAGGUAGCGGAUAAAAUCCAGCUCGUUGGGGAGCAGUGUGGACGCACAUUGGUUCACUGCAAUGCAGGUGUGAGUCGCUCAGCUACGUUAUGCUUGGUGUAUCUAAUGAAGUACCAUGGAAUUACACUUUUGGAGGCCCACAAAAAGGUCAAAUCUUGUCGACCUAUUAUUAGACCAAACAGUGGAUUCUGGAAGCAACUCAUCCAGUAUGAACGCAAGCUCCGUGGUUGUGCCACAGUCACAAUGAUCACGUCCCCCAUGGGUGAAAUACCUGACAUUUAUGAAGAGGAGACCAAAGAUAUGCUUCCUCUUUGAUAUGCACUGUUUGUUAAAAUGAUUGUCAACCCCAUUGUAAAAAUGCAUUAGUACUCUUGUUUUAUAUCCAGUAUGUUGAGUUGGAAGUGGUCCUCUCAAAUGUAUUUGUAAACUUUGAUUCAGAAAUAAAAAUUUGUUGUACAAUGUCACUUUACGAUUUACAACUAAACAU